UGGGUGGCAGUUGCCAACGCUGGCAUCAGCGACUUGGAUGUCCGUGACUUGAUGCUAGAGGCAAUAGAGAAACGCUUCGGCACGAUGAGAGCGCCCUGCACUAUCGAGCAUCUCUCCGACAACAGCAGCGCUUACGCCGCUCGAGACACCAGACUGUUUGCUCAGGCCCUCAACCUGAUCCCUUGCUUUACUUCGGUCGCCAGCCCGUAGUUGAACGGUAUGUCUGAGGUUUUCGUCAAAACAUUGAAGCGAGACUACAUUCGCAUCUCACCUCUUCCGGACGCUUUGGCAGAUUAAUGGAUGGAUCGAGGACUACAACGAAAUCCAUCCCCAUUCUGCGCUAAAGCAGUGUUGUUACAGGCGCGCCUAGGCGCAAGGCCCCUCAAGGCACAGCCAUCUCGCCUUGCCAUGUCCAGGCGAGGCGAGAUCCAGCCAGGCGCGCCUAGGCCCUUCAGGCGUGCCUCCCUCAGGCGCACAUGCCUAGCUGAAAAAUCUUGUUUUAUUUUCUAAACAUUUCUGUUAAAACUUAAAGAGAGAAAAUAAUAAAAUAUAAUAUUAAAAAGUCAACAAAACUCAAAAAUAUGAUGUUCCAGCUCAUCUGAUUUCUAGAAGGCCAAGAGACUACACCUCCAAGGCUCCAAACACUCUCUUACGCAGCAUUAUUCUCUCUCCGCAACACAGCAAUUGCAACUCCUCAAGUUCUUCUCCAGUUCCGAUUGAGCUGCUUCUGCUUCUCCAGGCCAAGGUAACAUAUCGACAAUCCCUUCUCCUUCUUCUUCUUCUUCUUCUUCGCUGUUGGUAGUUGCUAGCCUGCUUUUUCUUCGGCAAUCCUUGUUGCUUCUUCUUCUUCUUCUUCUUCUUCUUAUUACGCGGCUGCUUCUUAAUCUUACGUUGCUUUGCUGCUAUCCUUCUUCUUCUUCUUCUUCUUCUUACACGGCUGCUUCUUACGUUGCUGCUAUCAUUCCUCCUGCUCCUUCUUCUCCUGCUAUCCUUCUUCUUCUUCUUCUUCUUCUUACGUUGCUGCUAUUGCUAGCCUGCUUCUUUAUCUUCUUCUUCUUCUUCUUCUUUCUUACGUUGCUACUACUUCUUCUUCAUCUUCUUCUUACGCUGCUGUUAUUGCUAGCCUGCUUCUUCUUCUUCUGCUUCUUCUUCUUCUUUUUUACGCUGCUGCUGCUACUUCUUCUUCUUCUUCUGCUUCUUCUUCUUCUUUUUUACGCUGCUGCUGCUACUUCUUCUUCUUCUUCUUCAGUUAUUUUUUUGUUUAAUUUUUAUUUGUUGAUGCCUACUGCUGCUUCUUAAUUCGUUUUUCUUUUAACAUUUUUUGGCAUAAUUUAGCCUUAGUCUUUACAAAUUUUCAGGUAUACUCUUAUAAAACUGCUGCAACUGCAGCAUUUAGAAAUAGAAUAGAAGUUUUAAUCCUUAAUCGGAUCCUAUGCUUGAUUAGAAAUAGAAUAGAAGUUUGAUCUCUACUACUUCCCUGGAUUUCUUCUUUCCCCUCCCUGAAAAUUUUUCUCUUCUCCUCCAAUCUUUUGCAAUACUUCUUGUUGUCUUGCAUGGCUGCAUCAGUUCUCCAGGCUGCAUCAGUUCUCCAUUCCAGAAAAUCCCACCGCUAAUUAAAAUUCUUUUUCAAUUCCUCCUUUCCUUGGUUGAAAUUCAGCCACUUAUUGAUCCAUGCUUCUUUUCAGAAUUUUUUUAUAAUAUUUUUUCAAAUUUAUGACUCCUUGCUUAUGAUGAUUAUGGCAGAUAUCCUAAUCCUGAUGGCAUCUGAUUCAAAUGCUCCUAGUGGCUCCUCUAGCAGUGGUAGAAAAGAUCCAGCAUGGAAAUAUAACACACUGCCAGAUCCAAAGGACAUAAAUUGUUUAAAAUGUAAUUUUUGUGGAAAAAUAACGAAAGGAGGGGUUUACCGAGCUAAACAACACCUUGUUGGAGGGUAUAGGAAUGCCAAAGUUUGUCCAAAAUGUCCUUCACAUGUUAAAGAAGAAAUUAGAGAGUAUAUGUCGAAAAAGCUAGAAGAGAAGAACAAUAGUGAUGUUAUACCAGAUUUUGACGACAUUGAUACCCUUGGAGAUGAUGAUGAUGAUGAAGUGGUUUUUGAAAGAGGUGUUAAAAGGCCUAUGUCUUCAAGUUCAAGUCAAGGUUUAACAAUGCAACAAAAAAAGCAAAGGAUGAAAGGGCCUUUGGAUUUGCUUUUGCCUCCUAAACUUAAAGUGAGCACUAGGAAGCAAACAACAAUGGAGACCCAUGUCAAUAAAGAACUGAGGGAGAAUGCUUGCGUUUGGUUUUCUAGAUGGAUGUAUGAAGCUGGCUUGUCUUUCAAUGCAGUCAAGUAUCCAAGUUUUAAGCCAAUGAUUGAGGCUAUUGGUCGAGCUGGUCCAAGCAUGAAACCUCCUAGUUAUCAUGAGGUGAGAGUUCCUUAUCUUAAGAAGGAGUUGGUACGCACAAAUGAAAUUAUGAAGAGUCAUAAGGAGGAUUGGCCUAAAUAUGGAUGUUCCCUUAUGUGUGAUGGUUGGAAGGAUAAGAGAGAGAGAUCUUUGCUUAACUUUUUGGUAAAUUGUCCAAAGGGAAGCAUGUUCAUUAGAUCCAUUGAUACUUCCUCAUAUGCCAAGGAUGCUAUUAAAAUAUUUAAAUUACUUGACCAGUUUGUAGAGGAAGUAGGUGAAGCAAAUGUGGUUCAAGUUGUGACUAAUAAUGUCUCGGCUAAUGUUUUAGCUGGAGAGUUCUUAAUGGCUAAGCGAAAGCAGUUAUAUUGGACACUAUGUGCUGCCCAUUGCUUAGACCUAAUGUUAGAAGAUAUUUUUAAACUUCCUAUAUUGAAGAAGACUUUUCAAAAAGCAUGUGCAGUAAAUGGAUUUUUGUAUAGCUCUACACAAGUGUUGAAUAUGAUGAGAAUAUUCACAAAAAAGAGAGAGAUGUUAAGACUUGGGAAAACAAGAUUUGCCACGGCUUUCCUCACCCUUUCAAGACUUCAUAAACAAAAAGCCAACUUGAGGAAGAUGUUCACUUCAGAAGAGUGGACUAACUCUAAAUUUGCAAGAGAAGCACGGGGUAAGCUUGCAUCUCAAACAGUGUUACAAGAUUCAUUUUGGAAAAAUGUUCUUUAUGCUCUCAAGGUGUCAGGGCCACUUGUCAAGGUGCUUAGAGUGGUAGACAAUGAGGAUAAGCCUGCUAUGCCUUAUAUUUAUGAGGCUAUGGAUAGGGCAAAAGAAGCCAUUGCAAAAUCUUUUGAUGAUGAAAGGAAAUACAAGCAAAUAUUUGAAAUCAUUGAUGGGAGGUGGAAUAUUCAAUUGCAUCGUCCUCUACAUGCAACCGGAUAUUACUUGAAUCCAGAAUUUUUUUUAUUCAAAUGCAAGCAUUGGAGAAGAUCAAGAGAUUAUUGAUGGGUUGUAUCAAACCAUAGAGAGGUUGGUUCCCACUGCAGAGGUGCAAGACAAAAUUUCUAAAGAGCUAAGCUUGUAUAAAAAUGCUGAAGGGAUAUUUGGAAAACAAAUAUGCAUAAGAGGAAGGAAUCAAUUGGCACCAGGUAAUAUGGUUUUUUAAUUAAUAAUCUAAGUAAGUUUAAUCAUUAGUCUACAACUAGCAAUUUUCAAUUACUGAUUAUGUCAUUAUGGUAUAUUUUUUCCUAGUUGAAUGGUGGUCUCAAUUUGGUACUGCAACCCCUAAUUUGCAAAAGUUUGCCAUCAAGAUAUGUAGCCUCACUUGUAGCUCUUCAGGUUGUGAAAGGAAUUGGAGUGUCUUUGAGCAUGUAAGGGUGGUUUUUCUUAUUCUUAAUAUUCACCACUAAAGGUGUAUAAUUUCUUAUUUCUUUAACUUACUGAUUCUAAUUUAAUUUUGACAGCUUCAUAACAAAAAGAGAAAUCGAUUGGAGCAACGACGUCUCAAUGAUUUGGUAUUUGUCAAGUAUAAUAGAGCUUUGAGACGUCGUUUUAGUUUGCGUAAAUCAAUUGAUCCAAUUUCUUUAGAUGAAGUUGAUGAAAGUAAUGAGUGGUUGCUUGGGGCAAUUGAUAAAUUUGGAGAGUCAGAUGAUGAGCUGGUACAUGAAGAUCAUGAUUUGACAUGGGCUGAUGUUGCUAUGGCAUCUGGUGUUGAAGAAGCUAAUCACUCAACUAGAUCAAAAGCGACUUCAACUUCAAAUUUGACAAGGGGGAGGGGGAUAAGGGCAUCAACUUCAAAUGCUCCAAUGGAUCUUGACGAGGAAGAAGAA